AUGGAGGAUUUUAUCCAUACAAGGCACCAUCGUAUCUCCUGGAUCGUUCUUCAAGAGCUGGAGCUCUUCAAUCCUUUAGCAAAAAGGACUGCUUUUUGUGAAAACUUCUACCAUGAAUUUCGUUUCAUGAAUCUAGGUGUUCGAUCUCAUCUGGAUCCAAACUACAGCUCAACACUCUUUUGGCCUCUUAACAGUCAUAGAAAAAGUGGGAGAAUGAAGGAGCAUAUCAGAUCUCUGCUUCAGGAGCAAAAUCAAGCAACUGAAGGAAGCCCAGCUUUCCCUUUGCAAUUUAACAACCAGGAUUUUGUUAAACUGCAAAACUACUGCCUGCAUCAGGGCCUACUUUUUGAAGAUGAUACAUUCCCAGCAAACAGUCAUUCCAUUGGACUUAAUUUGUUUCCAGAAGAGAAACUCAGAAAAAUACAGUGGCUGAGACCAAACGAACUGGUCAGAAACCCACAUUUAUUUGUGGAUGGAAUAAGCCGAUUUGAUAUUCUUCAAGGACAAAAAAUAGGUAACUGUUGGGUUUUAGCAGCUCUGGGUGCUUUGACCCAACAACAACGGUUCCUGAAAAAUAUGAUUCCUACAGACCAAGGAUUUAAUCACACUUAUGCAGGGAUCUUUCAUUUUCAGUUCUGGUAUUUUGGAAGUUGGGUUGAUGUGGUGAUAGACGACCGACUGCCUUUCAUUGAUGGAAAUUACUUAUCAGUUCAUCCCAGGAGCAAGAAUGAAUUCUGGCCAUCUCUGCUUGAGAAAGCUUAUGCCAAAUUGCAAGGUUCUUAUGAGAAGUUGCACUAUGGUUUUAUCUCAGAAGCUCUCGUGGAUCUCACGGGUGGGGUCCAGUUGACAUUCAAUCUUGGAAUCCCUACUGAUCAUUUGUUUGAAAUAAUGAAAACUGCUGCUUUGUCUGGCUGUCUCAUGGCAUGCAGCUCUCCUGAGAUGAAAAAAACGGGUAGACAAGUGUUGGAGAAUGGAAUUGUGCAGCAACAUGUCUAUGCUGUUAUAGAUGCCAGAGAGGUUCCUUACAUGGACGGGAAAGAACUUUUAAUCAAACUUUGGAAUCCGUGGGGCACUGUGGAAUGGAAUGGAGCUUGGAGUGAUCAUUCCAUGGAGUGGGAUCGAGUCCCUCAAUCAUUCAAGGACAAAUUCUAUGUGAACAGGGCUGAUGGCGAAUUCUGGAUAUCAUUUGAAGAUUUGAAAGACAAUUUUUCGUUCCUGUCUGUUUGCAAUAAUUUGCCCACAUUCCUGGAUUUUGGUAAGGAGAACAAUACGUCUUGGUCUGUGGUUUCGUAUUUCAACCAAUUAUCUCCAGAAGGGAGCAACUAUCAAAGAGAUGCUCUCUCAAGAAAUCAUCAAUAUUUCAUCAAAGUUCCAGAGUUUAUGAUGAAAUACAAUGUUGUAGUAGCAUUGAUGCAAAGACCUGACAAUAUCUCACGGACGCUGGCAAAUAUAGGUUUUCAGAUAAAAAAGGGUAGAACUAUAGUUCAUGACACACAGCUUAACAAAAUACGAGAUAUCACCAUUCCCUAUCAACUGAACGCCGGAGAUUACAUAAUCAUUCCAAUGGCAUCACCACAAAACCAAAAAUUAAAGUUUCUUCUACGAAUCUUUCUUAGAAGUCAAGGCAAUAUAAGGGAGCCAAGCAAUGAAUUCAGUUCAGAGACGACAAAGGAUAUGCUCUUCUGGAAUCCAGACAAUUAUGAAAGUGUCUUCUUCAGAUAUGCUUAUCAGAACUCCUACUUAGAUGCUUCACAAUUACAAAGGAUUCUGAAUGAUGUUCUUCUAAAAGUUGCUGUUUCUUCAAUAAAUGCUAAUGGAAAACUUUCACUCCAAGAAUUUAAAAGACUGUGGGGAGCUUUCAAGAAAUAUGAGGAUAUAUUUGGAAGAGAGGAUGAAAACAAUUCUGGAUUCCUAACUAUUUCAAAUUUGCAAAGAAUUGUUCAAGAAACAGGCCUGUAUGUCAGCGAUAAAGUCCUCCACCUCCUGGUUUUACGCUAUGGAGACUCAACCCAGAGAAUAAACUUUCCUGAUUUUGUGUGCUGUAUGUUUCGUCUUGAAACAAUGUCAAAGGCAUUCCUCAAUUUAUCAAAAAAUAGGGGAAGUAUCUGCUUUACUGAAGAUGAGUGGAUGACCAUGAUCAUGUAUUGCUAAUCUGAUAAUACUAUUUUCUGAAUACAGGCUACUCAUUUCUCCGAGUUUCAAAAGAAAGUUGUUGAUUGUGUUAUUCUCUGAUAUAGAAUAAUCUUCCAAGUUGCAGCCAUUCAGGUUUGCUGAACUAAGUUCCCAUCAACCACAGUGUAACCAAUAAAUUUAUAUUCCUAAUCUUAUAUUGGUUUGAUUGUGUUUCAGCACUUCGUUUCCAGAGACCUAAUUGCUUAUCAAAACUGCAUAAUCUUAGAUGAUCUUAUCAUAAACCAAAUAUUGCAAAGCAUAUAUUUGAGAAAUCAAUACAAACACAAAACUAAUUUAAAAUUAUCCUUAGAGUCAAGUUGCAAUCCCUUACAGAUUUAAGAGCUGUGCGCUGUUAAUCACAAUAUGACUUUCUAAGACAGUUUUAAUAGGUUCAUGCUACACGCAUUCAAAUAAUUUUAAUAAAAGUG